ACCAGGGUCUGGAUCUCCUUGGUGAACAGGUAGUUGUCCUUCAUGCUGGGAAAGGGGAUGGCAGGAGGGAAGGAGAUGAAGGGUGGAUAUUCCCUCUGCCCAGCCUGUCUCCGGGACUGGUUUGGCUGGGAAUGCCCUCCCCGGCCUCACCUGCAGAGGAAGACGUUCACCGGCGCCAAGGUGUUGGGGGUCAUGAUCCACGGGGCCACCCGGAACACCACUGUGUCCGUGAAGGCUGGAGUGUGGGGGAUACCCUGAGGGAGCAGCUGCAACAAGAGACCCCAUCUGCACCCCUUCCCUGGAGCUCCCAGACCUCUGCCAGCGUCUCCAGGAGGCUGACAUGGAUGGAGACCAGCCCGGAGAAGGAAUCAUUGGGAAAGCAGAGCCCCUGGACGAAGAAGUCAAGCUCGGCGGCCCCGCCGGGGUAGGACACGGCGUGGAAGAGCUUCCUGCAGCCCAGCACCUGCACAUAGCGCUGCCCAAAGAAGGGAUCUGCAAGGAAAUGGAGAAAAUGGGACAAUUCCAAGCUUUCAUUGGUGUUCCAAGCCUAUUUCCUUGUGCAAGGAGGACUCACAGUCCCUCUGUGCUGGAGUUUUUCCACCUCCGUGGAGAUACAACUUUGUUUGUUAGAACCACCUCAAAACAGGAUGGAAGGAUUUCGCAGUUUUGUCAUGGAUGCUGCAUCCCUUCCUUUGCAGUCCAUCCCUGUGGCUCCUGCUCAUCCCUCCGCUCUCCAGCAGCAUUCCAAGAUGACACCGGAUCAAACCCAGCAUGGACUCGGGAUCUACCCCCAAAGCUGCCACGUCAUUCGAUGUCCACGCCACCUCAGCGGUCACGGUCCACAUCAUCCACAGCCCCACCACAAAGCCCAUGAUUAACUCCAGGUGGCCCCUGGAUCCCGACAUAGAGGUCGUGGUGACAAUUGAUGUCACCAGCAGGACCGUCAAUGACAAUAAGGUUAAGAUCUCCUACUAUGGCCGGGAGGGCAACGAGCUGGCGGUGGCCUGGCUGUACCUCACGUGUGUCGAUGUGUCCCUGGACGUGGACUGGAGCCGGAGUGGCAGAGUGAAGAGCAAAGGGAAGGACAAGGCCAAGUGGACAUGGGGUCCGGAUGGACACGGUGCUGUGCUGCUGGUCAACUGUGACCGGGACAGCCCCGGCACUGGGGGGCCGGACAGCAGCCAGGCGGACAUACGGACCCCCGCAGACCUGAAGGACAUGUCCAUCAUGCUGCUGAGGACCCAGGGGCCCAGCGCCACCUUUGCCGAGUACCAGGUGGUCCUGCACGUCUCCGAGACGGAUGCGGAUAAAGUGCGGGUUUUCCAUGCUAUCCGGAGUGACUCACACCCCCACUACAAGCCCGUGCUGGGGCCGGACAAGCUCUCCUACGUGCUGGACCCCGUCGGCAGUGGGGAGAACACCUUCUACGUGGAAGGGUUGGCCUUCCCUGACAGGGGCUUCUCGGGCCUGGUUUCCUUCAGUGCCAGCUUGCUGGAAGUCCCCCACAAGAAUUCCCCGGGCACCCCGAUUUUCACGGAUACAGUGGUUUUCCGCGUGGCUCCCUGGAUAAUGACCCCCAACACCCAGCAGCCUUUGGAGGUUUUUGUCUGCAGCAUCAAGCAGGGCUCAGAUUCCAAUGAGGCCUUUCUGGAAGGGAUCAAGAUCCUGCUGAAGAAAGCCAACUGCAAGCUGACCAUCUGCUCGGAGCAGGACACCCGGAGCGACCGCUGGAUCCAGGAUGAGCUGGAGUUUGGCUACGUGGAAGCGCCACACAAGACCUUCCCUGUAGUCUUUGACUCUCCCAGGAACAGAGGAUUGAAGGAUUUUGCCUUUAAGAAGAUCCUGGGCCCUGAUUUUGGCUACGUGACCCGUGAACCCCCCGGGAAAAACAUCACCAGCCUGGACUCCUUCGGCAACCUGGACGUCAGUCCCCCGGUGACGGUGCGAGGGAAGGAGUAUCCCUUGGGAAGGAUCCUGAUCGGCAGCCCCCUGCCUUGGGCCGCGGGCCGGAGGAUGUCCAAGGCUGUCCGGGAUUUCCUGUACGCCCAGAAGGUGCAGGCGCCGGUGGAGGUUUACUCGGAGUGGCUGAGCGUGGGCCACGUGGAUGAAUUCCUCACCUUCGUCCCGGCCUUCGACAGGAAGGGAUUCCGGCUCCUCCUGGCCAGUCCCAACGCCUGCUACAAGCUCUUCAAGGAGAAGCAGAGGCAGGGCCACGGGGAAGCCACCCAGUUCAUUGGGCUGAAGGGCAGCGAGAGGAGGAGCAUUGAUGAGAUCCUGGCGGACGAGUCGCUCAAGAGCGACAACAGGCACGUGCAGCGCUGCAUCGACUGGAACCGUGACCUACUGAAGCAGGAGCUGGGCCUGAGCGAGCAGGACAUCAUCGACAUCCCCCAGCUCUUCAUCCUCAUGGGCUCCCGUGCCGACGCCCUCUUCCCGGACAUGGUGAACAUGCUGGUGCUGGGCAGGCACCUGGGCAUCCCCAAGCCCUUCGGGCCCGUGGUGGGCGGGCAGUGCUGCCUGGAGCAGCGCGUGCGGGAGCUGCUCGAGCCCCUGGGCCUCACCUGCACCUUCAUCGACGACUAUUUCUCCUACCACGUCCUGUCCGGGGACGUUCACUGCGGCACCAACGUCCGCAGGAAGCCCUUCCCCUACAAGUGGUGGCACGUGGUGCCUUGAGGUCCCUGGAGACACACCCAGGUCCUGCCACUGGGGGUUGA